ACCCUCAACAUGUCCAAGGUUCCUUACCCCUUCCAAUUCGACACCACGGCCAACCCCGCAGGACCACCAGAUGGAACCAACACAAACAUCGAAAUUAGCAUCCCAAAUGCCCGCGGACGUAUCCCCUCUUUACAAGCUUCUCGCCUCAGAACAAUGUUCCUAGAAGCCCGCACCGAUCCAAACAAGAUCAUCGCGCACGCAUGCACAUACGACGGCCUGUCCUCGCGUCUCGUCGAAGAAGCCGGGUUCCCCAUGGUCUUUCUAUCGGGAUACGCAGUCGCCAGUACACACGGGCUCCCAGAUACGGGGUAUACCGCCAUGGCAGAGAUGUGCGACAAAAUCCAAGAAAGCUUCCGACAGGUUUCUGUGCCGAUCAUGGCGGACGGGGAUACAGGGUAUGGAAGCCCGAUGAACGUGAAGCGAACGGUUGAGUGCUUCGCAGCUGCUGGUGCAGCGGGCGUGAUGAUCGAAGACCAGCAGUGGCCAAAACGGUGCGGCCACACAAAAGGAAAGAGCGUCGUCUCUCGCGAGGAAGCAUAUGCCCGCAUGCAAGCUGCCUGUGACGCACGGAACGAAGGCCGAGAUAUUUUCAUUCUUGCACGCACUGAUGCCCUGAUGCACGGGUGGGAUGAAGCAAUGGCGCGCGCACAGGAAUUCAAGCGUAUUGGCGCGGAUGCGAUUUUUGUGGAAGCGCUUCCUGAUAGGGCUGCGAUGAAGCGUGCCGUGGAGGAAUUGGAUAUUCCCGUUCUGGCGAAUAUUAUUGAAGGAGGAAAGACGGAAAACCUGUCGGCUAAGGAGCUUGCGGAGCUCGGCUUCAGUGCUGUGGCUUAUCCUUGGACUUUGGUCGCUGCACACCUUAAGGGUAUUCGGGAUGCUUUGGAUAAUUUGAAAAAGAGUAUGACUGUUGGUGCGCCGCCUAUGAUUUUGUCAUAUGAUGAGGUCUGUGAGGGGGUUGGGUUCAACAAGUACUGGGAGCGAGAAGGGAAGUAUCAGUUUAAUUGA